AUGGUGUUCGUUGUUAAGGCGAUUUUCCUGUCCGCAUUAGUUUAUAGUGCAUCAGCUGGCUUAUUGGCUGGUCAUGAUUCCUAUUCUGAAUCAGCACUUGGCGCCCCAUCUGCGUCUUAUGGCGCACCUUCAACUUCAUAUGGACCACCUGGAUUUUCAGGAAGUUCGAACUUAGGUGGACAAUUAGGGAGCGAUAGCGGUUUUGCGCAGGAUAUACAUGACAGUAGUUACGAUGCAGGUAGUUCAUUCGGUGCUAGUGGAUCAAGUCUGUUAAGUGGGUCAGCACUAGACAGUGGAUCAGCGAUAGCCAGUGGACCAGGUUUUACUAGCGGAUCUUCCUACGACAAUGGAGCUAUUUUAGGUAGCGGCUCAGGUUUCAGUGGAGCUCCAACAGGUGGUGACAGUUCACUUUUGAAUAGUGGAACCCUAAACGGCGGUGAUAUUGGUGGAUCAGCUAUUGAUGGUGGAGCUCCUGGUAGUUUAGGCCUUGGAAAUGGAGAUCUGACUGGGGCUGGAUUCGGCGAUGCAGGCCUUCCUAAUGGACAACUGUUAGGUUCUGGACUCGGACCAGGUGGUGUUUCACUUACUGGCCCACCUAGAGUGAUAGGAUCUACUGUUUCCGUAGGUCGUCCGACAAUUCAAGCUUCAAGAUAUGAGCUUCAAUCGGUUGUACAAAAUGUUGUCCGUCGCAUACCAGUUGAAGUAACGCGACAUGUACAAGUUGCUGUACCUAAACCAGUUCCUGUUCCAGUGCGCCAAGAAGUCAAGGUACCGGUUCCUCAACCCUACCCUGUUCAUGUAGACGUUGUCAAGCACGUUCCAUAUCCCGUGUACAAAACUCAGCACGUUGAAGUAGAGCGACCAGUUCCAGUUGAAGUUGUAAAACACGUGCCAGUAGAAGUUAUCAAAAAAGUCCAUGUACCAGUUGACAGACCUGUAGAGGUUAUUAAAAAAGUUCAUGUUCCAGUCGAAAAGCACGUUGAGGUUCCCGUCGCAGUUUGGAAACCCUAUCCCAUCCAUAUCAUCAAACACGUCACACACUAUCAAAAGAAGAAAUGCUGUUGGUAAAAGAGAAGUCAUGAUCAAGCCAAAUAGUCAAUACAAUUGUAAAUACUUAGUCAUUAGUUGUACAUAUGUAAAAUAAGUAAAAUAAAUUGCAACUUUU